AUGGACGGUUACCUCAAUAACCUUUCCCUCGAAUACGAAUCUGUCUGGGACACCAAACCAGCUUGGUGUCAGCCAUGGACAAUAGCACUAACAGGGGUUUCAAUUGUUGCUAUUAGUUGGUUGGUUUUUCAAUCUGUUGUUGUUACUUCAGCCAUAUCCCUACUCAUUUUUGCAUGGUGGUACAUCUUUCUUUAUUCUUAUCCCAAGGCUUAUUCAGCUAUGAUUGCUGAGCGCAGAGAAAGGAUUACAGAUGGUGUUGAAGACACGUAUGGUCACACUGCCGCAUCACUUAGAUGUACGGAAAUUAAUGCAGAGGUUGUACUCAAAGUUACAAAUGUUGACGGAGUAUUUGAUGACGACCCAAAGCAUAACCCCCUUCUCUUCACCACACAACAACUCCACCCACCUUCCAUUAUCAUCACCUUCACAUUCUGUCAAAGAAAAAACGCAACAUCACCAAUCAUCAACAACCCAUCCCAACCUCUAGCGCUAACCCAUUCUGCCUCCUUCUGUUACCCACAUGCCGUUCCCAAAUUCCUCACUUCAUUUUCCACAAACCACAUCGCCAUACCCCUGCAAUUCCGUCCCUCACCCUCCUUCAGUCCACCAUCCACCUUCUUCUAG